AACAGAGAAUCCAAAAUAAUUAUAAAAGACACCUGUGUGUAAAUGGCAAUUGGUGAUGCUUCGACAAAUACGACAAACAUACCGGCCAGCCUCUAGCACCAAAAAAGUCUAAACGCCGACGAGAUACCUGAUACGGUAUUGGAUUUACCCAAUGUAACUUCUCUAUCGCACAUGCACGUUGCUGACUUGUGAAAUGCUGCCCACUUUCGAAAACAAUCUUCGUGUUAAGUUCAACUAAUCGUGUACUAAUUGUAUCUUUACAGUGAGCAAAAUUAAAGUAUUUUCAUUGCAGCUUUAUCAUUUUAUUGAGAUUCUGGUAUUUUUUAACGUUUCCGGACAGUAAAGUCAGAAGUCUACUCGAUACUUUAAUCUGAAACGAUGCAGUAACGUCAUGAGGGAUUCCUGGAUUUAAUUUGGAUUUCAUAAUUGUUGUGAGCGCACCCAAUUGUUUCUGAGAUGGAGACUAACGGGGGACCUUCGUAUCAGCAUACCACCGUGAUCAGUACGUCCUACAAUGAUCCCCCGAUGCAGCCGAGUUACUAUUCUGGAGAAUCGCGCUUACCGGAAACACCUGUUAAAUCCACUAGAAUUGUCGAAGUGGAUCCUUAUUUCGACGUAUAUUAUCUCAAGACGUUUUCCGGAAUUCUGAAAAUCAUUGAAUUGGUGUGUACACUGAUCGCAUUUAUUAUAUCAGUCUCCACGUGGUCAUCGCAUUCGUUUUACGGUGGACCAUCAAAAAAGGCACUAAUGUACUAUCCGUAUGCUUAUGGUUCGGCAGUGUGGACGGAUAUUGUUACCGCAAUUGCAUUCCUUAUUACUCUGGCGCUUCUCAUCCUGUACCUGUUUCAUAUCAUUGAGAAACUUUACGAAGUUCCAUGGCUUAUCAUGGAACUUCUUUACUGCAUAGCGAUAGUUUUCUGUCUGCUAAUUGCCGGAGCUGUUAUGAUACCCUACACCAAUCUGGAUGGCGCAAGAGGAGCAUGUGUGUUUUUCUGCUGGGCGGCGAUGAUUGCUUACGCCAUAGAUGCUUAUCUAAAAUUCAGAAUGUACAGAAAUGACCAGCCAGCGCAAGGUGUAUAAGGAAUGAAACUCGAGAACGUCGUUACGGGUACCGGAAGUCGAAGCGUCGACGGAACUUGACUGGUGUGUUGAUUUCGUUCAUUUAAUAAUGCGUCAUAUGAUCCGCUUCUCGUUGAUAAGCGAAAAUGACGUAAAAAUGUCUCGGCGGAGCAUUUUGCAUGUUAUUCCGAGAAAUGGUGCAUUUAUUGUACGAGUGCUACUUUUCAAUAUUUUGUAUGGCAUGCAGAGUAUCGUGGCUGCGUUUUGUGCUUCUGUUUUAUUUUUGUGCUUCUGUCAAAUUUCUGAUGGAAGUCGUGAUUUGAAGUAUCAUUACAUAAAAUCGUUUUCUUCGGCAAAAAAUU